UCUGGGGCCGGGGGGUGCACUCUUAAUGCAAAUUUUGGGGUGACCCCCCGGGUUUCUGAGGUGCAUUCAAAUCCAUUUCCGAAAUAGCUGUCCCGGAUCCGUCCCCACCCAGAGGGGGUGCUGUGGGGGAACCUUUGACCCCUGACUUCAUGCCAUCUGGGGUGCGGGAGAGAAGGUCCUGAGGCAGGCAGUGGGCGGAGCUCAGGAACCUGGUUGUCAGCCAGGAGUUGGGAUGUCAUUGGGGGACAAAGAGGGAGGAGGGCGAGACUUCGGGAGGCAGCCCUGACCCGUGGCCUUCCACCUGCCCGAGUCUCCCCUGCUUUUGCGCCUGCUCUGCAAUUUUCCCUUUCCUCCCCACUUCAGGGCGUGGGGCUCAGCAUGCUCCGGACGGUCCGAACAGCCUGGGGGGCCGGGUGGUGGGGCUGCCUCCGGCCCCCGCUGGGGCCCUGGGCCCCCGAGGCCGUCUCCCGGCCCCAUUCCUCCCUGACCAUCAAGAUGGGGGAGUAUCGGAAGAUGUGGAACCCCACGGAGCCCCGGAACUGGGCCCAGCAGUAUCAGGAACGCUUCAUCCCCUUCUCCAAGGACCAGCUGCUGCAGCUCCUCCUGCAGGAGUUUCACUCGGGGCCCUCAGCCAAGGCUGCGCUCCUGGAGUUUGCGGCCCAGGUGGACUUGUGCACCCUGUAUCAGUAUAACUGCACCCUGACCCAGCUGCAGGCGCUGUACAGCCCCAUCAACCCAGACCGCGAGACUCUGGAGCAGCCCUCCCUCACGGACCCCCAGCGUCUGGCCAACGAGCAGGAGGUCCUGCGGGCCCUGGAGCCGCUGCUGGACCAGGCCAACUUCUCCCCGCUGUCGGAGGACGCCCUGGCCUACGCCCUGGUGGUCCACCAUCCGCAAGACGAGGUUCAGGUGACCAUCAACCUGGACCACUACGCUUACAUGCAGUUCUGGGCCCUGGGCCAGAGAGUGGGGCGGCUUCCCCGCAAGUCCAUAGUGGGCUCUGAACGGGGCUUCUUCACCAAGUCCCCUCCUGCUGAGCGGCGCUACUUUAAGCGGGUGGUGGUGGCGGCCCGCACCAAGCGGGGGCACCUGGUGCUCAAGAGCUUCAAGGACACGCCCCUGGAGGGGCUGGAGCAGCUGCUGCCCGAGCUGAAGGUGCGGACGCCCCUCCUGCAGCGGGCCCUGCUCAACCUGACGCUGCUGGUCUCCGGCCUGGUGUUCUUCGUCAACGUGGGCAUGGUGGUGCUCUCCGACCUCAAGGUGGCCACCUCCCUGCUGCUGCUGCUCUUCACCAUCUUCAUGGCGCGGCGAGCCUCCAAGAUGUUUAGCCAGCGGCGGAACCUCCAGGCCCUGGAGCUGGCCCACAUGCUCUACUUCCGGAGCACGUCCAACAACUCGGAGCUGAUCACGGCCCUGGUGCUCCGGGCCCAGGAGGAGCACGCCAAGGAGGUGCUGCUGGCCCACAGCUUCAUGGGGCGCCGGGGCCCCGGGCCCCCCGAGGAGAGCGCCAAGUGGCUGCAGGACUCGGUGGAAGCCUGGCUCCUGGCCCGCACGGGCUGCGAAGUGACCUUCAACGGGGCCCGGGCCCUCGGCCACCUGGAAGCCCUGACCCAGAGCCCCUCCCCGGGCGCCCAGCUUCAGAGACCCCCCGGGCCGCCCUGGAGGCCGCCCGGCACGGAGUGAGGCCCCGGGCCCGCGGGGGAGGGGGCGGGCGUCCCUGCUCCCCCGCCACGGGCCGACCCCCGCCUGGGCCAAUGCUACCUCUGGCUCCGCCCCACGUGCAAUAUCCCGUGGGCCUCCGUGUGGGGGCAGGGCGCCCCGGGGGCGGAGCUUGUGCCGUGACUUCCCGCUGCGCCCUCUCCCGGCGGCGCCGGGGCCCUCUGGGCCCUCUUCCCUGCUGGCCCCUGCAGUCACAGACUGAGGCUCCCGCCCCCCCAGCGCGGCGGCAUCGCGGCCUCUGAUUGGGCAGAGCCGGCUGCGGGCGCCGGCCAGAGGGCCCUCCCCCUCCCCCUCCCCCUCCCCCUCCCCCCUCCUCCCCAGACAGAGGCUGUCGGAGCUGGGGGAGUAAGCAUUUAUAGAGCACCUGCUGUGUGCAGGCUAAGCACUUGA